AUGCUCUGGCUCUGGUGGAGCAUUUGUUUGUACUCUGCGGCUGUGCUGGCAGACGACAAUUGUUCAGCAGCAGCAUCCCUGAACGAGUCCAGGGUGGAGUUGGAUCUCCAGAACCUCACGGACUCGCUCGACGCAAACGAGUCCAGUCUGACUAACGAAGAAAAAUCGUACUUCCUGACCUUUGAAGAGUGGAAGAAGAAGAAAGUCGACGAGUCGCAGAUCACCAAAAAGAGACCAGAUCAGGAGUCCAGCAGCGAGCUGGAAGGCUCCAUCGGCGAGGAGAUGGAGAUCGAAAUCUCAAUGUUUGGAGGCCCUGAACCAAAAGAAGAUACAGGAAAGGUCUACAAUGAAAGAUUCAAUUUUGCGUCGUUCGACUGCGCGGCCACGAUUGUUAAAACGAAUGCGGAGGCAAAGGGCGCCAACGCCAUCCUCAACGAAAACAAAGACUCCUAUUUAUUGAACGAGUGCAAGGCGAAAAACAAGUACGUAAUCAUCGAGCUGUGUGAGGAUAUUCUGGUGGAGGAGGUGCUGCUGGGCAACUACGAGUUUUUCUCGUCCAUGUUUAAGGACGUUCGGUUUUCCGUGAGCGACCGAUACCCAGCUGCUACAUGGCAGUCAUUGGGAGAGUUCAGAGCUGAGAAUAUACGUAAAUUGCAGAUGUUCAAGGUGGAAAAUCCAUUGAUCUGGGCCAAGUUUUUAAAGAUUGAGGUCCUCUCGUACUAUGGUGACGAGUUUUACUGUCCGAUUUCUUCUGUGCAAGUCCACGGAAAGACAAUGAUAGAACAGCUAAAAGAGGAAGAUAAGGAAGAGGUCAAGGAGAACGAAAUAGAAAGGGAGAAGCCGGAGGUGGUUCCUGCCGAUUUUUACGAAACGCCGUCUUUUAACCUGUCUCUGAACGAGAUUGUUUUUUCUCUGAAUGGGUCCACAGACGACGAUAAUUGCAAAAUCACUCCGUAUUUGGGGCUGGACAGAUUUCUCAAGGAACAUCAGCAGGAGCUGUGUGAGGCAGGAGACUCGCCGUCAGAAACAAGGCCGAAGACCACACAAACCACGGGAACACAGGAAUCAAUCUACAAGAACAUCAUCAAGAGAAUCUCGCUGCUGGAGUCCAACGCAACGCUCUCUCUGCUAUACAUCGAGGAACAGUCCAAAAUCCUGGCGAACGCAUUCGAAAACCUGGAAAACCGUCAAAACAAAAGAUUUGGCACGCUCAUAGACCAUCUGAACCAAACAAUCUUGAACCAGAUCGGCAACUUCCGGCUACUCAACACCGAACUGGCAUUCAAUUUCGAAAAUCUCUUUAAUUAUCAAAAUAGCAAGUUCCAGCACUUGCUUCUCGAGACAGACUCCAAAUUUGCCAGAUUCGCGGACUCACUCAGCUUCCAGAAGAAAUUGAAUUACCUCAAUCUCAGCAUAAUCAUCCUGUUGCUCGUUUACAUCAUUAUAACCAGAGAUACCUACAUCGAGCCGGAAUUCAUAGCUUCUCCAUACAGUGCAGGCCCACCGUAUAAAUCACCGUCUCAGUCUCCAGUGCACUCGCCCACGGUUCCCGUGCGGAAACGUAGGAAUUUUGUGGACAGGUUUGUGUUUGGCUCUCGAUCCGUCUCUCCUCCAGAAUUCAAGAACGAGUACGACUCAGAACAUGAGCAACUGGCCGAAAAAGAAGAAACAAAAGAAGAACAGCCAGAGAAAAAGGAGUCGGAGGAAUCGUCGAUCGUGAUCACCGACAUGAAGAUAGAAUAG